AUGAGCAAAUCGGUAGUGAUUGAUAAUGGUACCUACGAGACACGUAUAGGUUUGUCUGGUGAGGAUGCUCCACUUGAUAUCUAUCAAACUCAAGAUCCUGCCUUUUUUUAUAAUGAUCAAUCACCAAUGAAGAGAGGAUUGAUCAAUAAUUUUGAUGCCAUGGACAGAGUUUGGCGUUACGGAUUUAACAAGGCUAUGCUAAAAGGUGAUAUGUUGGAUGGACCAGCCACUGAUAUGUCUGUCAUCAUGUCUGAACAUACUCUUGCUCCAAAAUUACAUUCGGAAAGAAUUACACAACACAUGUUUGAACAAUAUGAAAUACCAGGCCUUUUUAUUGCUAAUCAAGGUCUUUUGGCUCUUUAUAGUUGCGGAAAAAUUACUGGUAUAGUGUGCGAUGUUGGAUAUGAGCAAACUAGAUUUACACCAAUUUAUGAAGGAUUGGCUUUCCCACAUGCAGCUGAUUUUGUAAAUAUAGGAGGAAAACAUGCUAAUGAAUAUCUUAAAACACUUCUCCAAAAACAAUUAUUACAUAGUAACAAUAGUAUGGACACUUCCGAAGGUGAUGCACCACAAAAAACUCUAAAGAUUAAUACUGAAUUUUCUUCCAUGACUCCUGAUGAAUUUAAUACUGUAUUUAAUGCCAAUGUAAUUGAACAAAUCAAAAGAAAGCUAGUUUACACAUCUGGUUAUGAAUAUCACAAGCAAAUGAAAUUAUCACAAGAAUUGAAACAAAAAACCGAGGACAGUCUUUUGAAUGGAGCUUCAGAAGCCGAAACAACAGACAAGAAGAAAUCCAAAGCAAAGAGUGCUGCCAAUCAAGUGAGCUAUUAUAAGGAUUAUACAUUACCAGAUGGUAAAAAAGUUUCUGUUGGCCAAAAGGAAAGAUUUUUACCAACAGAAAUAUUCUUUAAUCCAUCUGUUCAUCUCCCAGGAAGAGAAUUUGAAAUUCCAGGAAUUCAACAUAUUCUGCACGAUUGUGCUAAUCAAUGUGAAUUUGAUACAAAGAAGGAAAUGUUCUCAAAUAUUAUUGUUUGUGGUGGUACUGCAUGCAUUAACUCAUUUGCUGAGAGAUUGAGAAUAGAAGUUCAAGAAGUUUCAACAACCAGUACAAUUGUCAGUCUUGUUGAAACCAAAGAUCCUUCUAACGCUGUUUGGUAUGGUGCAUCUGUUCUUUCAUCACUUUCUUCAUUCAGCUCAAUGUGGAUUAAGAAAACUGAUUACAAUGACUAUGGACCACAAAUUAUUCACAGAAGAACCUACUAA